AUGGGAGAUAUUUUCAUCAAUAAGGCGCUUGGACUUCUGUCAUCGGAUAAACAGAAGGAACGCGCUGACGGCCUGGCAGACCUCAAACAUGCCUUGCAGCAAAAUAGACAGAGUUCGAAAUUACAGGAGCUGAACGAUAAAGCCUGCCACAAGAUUUUCGAGUCGCUUUUCCGAUUUGUCGCGUACGAAAAGCCGAGCUAUAGUCGGGUGCAAAUCUCAAACACAAAAGCCAAAAACGCUUCUGCCACCCGUUUGUCGACAUGCGCAUCGGUGCUUCGAACCGCGGUUGACAUAUUUUGCCGAAAUCUAAGAACCAAGACGGUUCGCUCGAUAAUUGAUCACAUCACAGAUACUCUACCUAUCCCUGGCGAGGGGCUCUGGGAACCACUGAGUCUGGAUUACACCAAAAGUUUGACAUCGCUGCUCCGCCAUCCUCCGCAUAUCGAGCACCUCGGAGACUCAGAAUGGGAGAAAUUGGUCGACUUUUGUAUUACGACAAUCAACCUACAAAGAAGUGAUGAGAGCCAGUUGAGCCUUAGGAGUGGCCAUCGAUCAGUCCCCGACGAUGAACUGGACAGCGGUGACUGUCGUUCAACGCCAGCCAGAGCAACUCCUGCUCCGGUCAUCAGGGAGAAAUUUGUGGGCGACAAAAAUGCCACCGAGGAAAUCCUAUUUUCUAUUCAACUUCUGACUGCGAGCCCGGGUGCCCCAGUGCAAGCAUCGGCUGAAAGCAUAUUACAGGGACUCACGGAGUUUGUCAGAUCACCAUCCAUCCUAGCAGGGAAUGCACACCAGCUUGCCUUUAGUAGCAUCAAUGCAGUCAUUAAAAGAGUGUUUUUCGACCAAUCGGACCUGGUUCGGCCAUUUCUUAUUGGGCUGGUUCCAGUAAUACGCCGACUGUGGGCUACUAAGCUCCACAAUCUCAAGGAUGAACUACUCGUUACUUUGAUGCUAUGUACAGUUAUCCUCACCGACGGUGUUGAAAGACCCACGGAGAUGCUUUCUCAUGCAGUCGCAGGCUUGGCAGAGACAAUGCAAAUGGAGUACAUAAGACGAGCUGAAAAGGAGCUCUUGAAUAUUGAUGAAGUGAUUUUCUAUCAAAGAGCUUCUCGAAAUUGUCAACCGAUCUAUGGCCCCCGCUUGGGCUCUCCUCGAUCAGAGCACAUCUGGACUGUCAUCUGGGUCAUGUCUACUUUGCUGAAGCUCUCCGAUUCUAUGACCAGAAAACUGUCGACCACUGCUCCUAUGCCUGACACACCAAAUAAGAGACAACGCCUCAGCUCCGCCAUCGAUGAUAUCAUACGAGACGCCAUAUCGGCGCCCGGCGCCCGUCAAAUCUGCGCGCUCCAGCUCAUACCUUUCCUCGAACACACAUUGGACUCGGUAACCAAGGAGUCUUUGGUUCGGCAGCUGAUCCCGAAUAUUGUCGAUGACAGUAAUACCAUUGCAUCGUGGUCAAUGAUUGCUCUGACAAGUAUUGCGAGUGGCUCAGACGCCAAGUCACCGCCACUCAUUGAAUGUUGGCCCGGGGCAGUAGAACUUGCUACUCGUGCAUUCUCCGCUUCUGCUACGUCUCGGUCUGCGUGCAAGUUGAUUGCCGCGACUUUAGGCUGCGAUUUGCUCGAACUGUCGAUAGUCACCAAAUUAGUCAACUCGUUGCUCUCAUCUGCCAAUCUGAACGGCCCUUCUGCUCUUUCAGAUGCUUCGCUAGAACUCUGGGCGUUAGCUGUGAGGGCGAAGCCCCAAAUAAGCCCCGGAUCUGCUCAGAACUCCACCAAGCAGGUCUGUAGCUGGUUGAGAGAGAUAUGGACCAUUGGAUCUGUAUCUGACAGAGCACAAAUCGCUCAGAUUGCCAUAUUCGCCCGCCCCAUUGAACUUCUUAACCUUUUUCUUGCGUGCACCAAUCGACCAGCUGAGUCCACGCAUCCCAAAAACACGAUGCCACUGGGCUUGGUUGGAAGGGCCUGGUUUUACUUUCAUGAAAAUCGGGAAAUCCUUGAGUAUCUGUUUGAUAUUGGUGAUACCAUCAGCAGUUCAGACCCAUGGAGGCGACAUGACGCAUUCUCCACCAGCGUGGCUAACCGACAAGAGUCUGAUGACAUUGUAGUUCUAGAGCUUCUUCGUUCAAAAUCAGAAACCUUUCUUCAGAUGUGGAGGACAAUGACUGAUGAACGUUCUCAUCAUAUAACAUCGGAUACAUUGCAGAUUUUCACUUCCUAUUGCCUGGCGUGUUCCAUCUUUACGGAAUACCUUCCCGGCGAACUUUCUUCAAAGUUUCAGGACCUCUCGAAAAAUUGUGAGUCUCUAUGGAGUGCUAUUUGCGAAUUUCUGUCCUCCUCGCAUAAUUCGGAUUUUAUGCAGGCUUCGCUCGAAGUACUCGCACCAAUUAUCCCAAGUCCUUCAUGUGAUUAUCAGUCUGCUGUGUGGAGGGGCCUGUCCUCGCUUCUCCUUCCCUACGCAGAUGUGCUUGAGAUUGCACGACAGGGCCAUAAGCGCCAUGGCACGAUGCUAGGAGACAUGAUGGAUCUAGAUGAUCAUCUAGCUACUAGAAAUGUUGCGCUUUCUCAUGACGAGGCCAUCCUGGCUCUGAACAGAGCGUCGACUCCCCUGCUUUAUGAUUCGGCCUCUUUUCAGCGUUGCUUGACUAUUCAAAUUUCUUUUCUUUUACGGGCACAACCCAAAGAAAACUUGACUGAAAUGGCAAUCCACUCGGCUGUAAUUGAGUAUCUGACUGGAUUGGAUGAGACAGAUCUUUUGUCUGCGCAUAGUAUCAUGCCAAAAAUUUACCAAGAAUGCUCCAACAUGAGUCACGAUGGAUUACUCAGUCUUCUUGAAGACUUAGGCGAAAAAUGUCUUCAAUCAUAUGAAACGGAACGCUGUGAAGCUUUUCACAGUGUCUGUAUUCAGAUGAUGACAGCUUUUACGGCUUCUUGGGCCCACGCACAGGACCAUACUUUGAGCGAGUCGGCUAUGGACUUGUAUAACUGGUUUUUGGAGGUCCUACUAGCGAGGAAGCGAGCAUCAACCCGGGUUUAUAUUGCCUUGUCUGAGCUACUUCAACGCGCUCAAAUCACCAAUCCCUCAUAUGGUAAUUCACAGUCACUUCCAUCACCACGCACAAGUCUAUUCACGAUUUUGAAUGAGGGUGAUGUGCAAGUGAAAUUUAGUAUCGCCAAGUUCAUCCCAGGUCUCUUCGAUCAAUUUUCUCUCAAAGACCAUGACGCGAUUUUUGAUGAUGUCCUCAAGAGCUUGCCUCGAGACCCGGACUGGAUCGAGGGAAUCGCCCUCCGGCUAUUUGUGUUGUCCCGAUUAGCUUCUAGAUGGCACACAUUACUGCGAAGAAGCAUUUACCACUUGUUCGAGACUCCUGCCCAUGUCCCAAUGUCUUUGAGAUACGCCCAAAAAUGUGUUAAAAUUGUCUCCGAAUCCCUGGGCCUUCAGAAUGAGCGGCAGCUCUUUCAGCUUUUCGCCUCCCAGAUACUUUACACUUGGACAGAGACACAAUCUGUCAUGUCCAUGCCGUUCAGCAUAUUCGGCUAUGCUACCCUGAAGCAGAUGCUCAUUGAUGUGAAAGAGGAGAUUGUUGGGCAGAUGAUGAUGCGUGGAAAAGACAGCGAAACCGAGGAACUGGCAAACUAUAUUGGGGAGCCACGUCUUGAGAUGCUGAAAUCUUCUUUCCAUAAGGCGGAAGCAUACAGCAUUUCCAAGGAUAUCAGCACGCCACCGGAGCAAGGAAGUCAACCCAAGGGUGUGGAAGUUCGACUUAGGAAGCUACUAGGGACAGAAGGGUUCAUGGCUCAGAUAGAGACGCAGUUUCCCCAAAUCGUGGCCAAUUUUUUCAAAUCGCUUGACCGCUAUGACCAAAUUGAACGGGCUUACGCAAAGCGUCCAGCGUUUCGAUAUGCUCUUGAUAUCAAUUCACAGAUCUCCAGCAGAUGCAAUAACCCCAAUCCUCUGCCUGCGAAUCAACAACCGUCUUUUCGGGCCCGUUAUCUCCUGGAUGAGCUUGACUUCCUGUGUAAGCGGACUGGAUUUGAGGUAGAGUCGAUUUGGACUCCAGCCCUUGCUGCAUUUGUUUGCCGUUCUUUAUUGGAGACCAUACACCCUGCCUUGGGCUCACUCCACACAUGCUCUGUUGUCCGGAAGAUCAGGAUCUUAGUAUGCUUGGCCGGCCCAAUCAUGCUCCAAGAUUACCAAUUCGAAAUGCUUCUGCAUGCUUUGCGGCCUCUUUUGAAUGACCCCCACUGCUGCGAAGAUACCCUCUCCAUCUUUUGGUAUCUUCUCGAGGCUGGAAAGCCCUACCUUGAAACUACCCCUGCAUUUAUGGCUGGGAUAUGUAUCUCUACAUUUGUGACCCUUCGCAAACUUCUAAUCUCCUUGGAGUCUGCCCCCGCGGAGAGUCAAUUGGGAGCUGCUCUGGAAAACAUUCGAAAGUUUCAUCAAUGGCUCCGUGGAUUUGUUGAGAAUUUCAAUUUUUCGAACAUCAGUGACAGCGCGCAGAACUCAUUAUCUCGCUUCACCAAACUCGCACAAGAAUAUUCUAUGCCCGACCAGCCAUCAAAGCCCAAAGUUGAGAAAGAACUUGUCUUCGAAGUGCUUAAUGAUCGUGAUUCUGCACAACCUCUGCUGAGUAUUCCUCUUGCUGAGCUUGUUCUAUCGCUGUUAUGUCCCGAGUUUGAACAAACAGCCGAGGGAGAUGACCACCUAUGCACUGUCAGCCCAGGGUCGGGGUCUCACAUUGUCUCGCUCUGGAAUAGCCUUGACAAGUUUGAUGGCGGAUCAGCCUAUCGUUUGUGGGCAGCACGACUCAUUGGGCGUUCAUUCGCUUCUACUGGGAAAAUUCAUGAAAGCCUGUUGCGAGAGCAGGAUCAUCUACUUUUCAAACCACUGGCGUCGCAUGAUCGCGAUGAUAUUUUCUCCAACUCUAAAACCAAGAUCCUCCGGAUCCUCAGCGAUAAGCUUCCAAUGAAUGAUCAUGUCGAGGCCGGUUUAAUUGAGCUUACUUUGCAAAUGAUUCUCAACAAAAUUGCUGACAACCCUGAUCUUCAAUCUUGCGCUGAAACCAUCCCCGAGUCUCUGGUGAAGGCGUUUAUUUGGAAUCCUUACAUUUGUCCCCGGACUGUACUCUCUGUAUCAGAACUCGAAAGGUGCAAUCAACCUGAUAUCUGUACUCCAACAGCGUCUGUGAAAGAUUGGGCACGCAAUAUGUCUUUGUAUCUUUCAACUGCUGCUAUUGGAGACCCAGUGAUUGGCUGUCUUCGCAAAAUUCUCAAUGUCAUUCCAGAGCUAGCUGUGCAAACUUUGCCAUACAUAGUGCACGAUGUGCUCUUGGCAGAAGGUGAAAGGAAUGGUCCGAUCCGACAAGUGAUUUCAGAUUGCUUCAGAUCGAUUCUACAUGAUGUCAGGGAAGAGUCAAAGCCCCAUGCCCAGACAGUGAUCAACUGCAUUCUCUACCUAAGGACUCAACCAGCUCCUCAAGAAGCAAGCAUCAUUGAACGCGACAUGUGGCUGGAUAUUGACUUUGGAGAAGCAUCCUCUGCGGCGCAUAGAUGUGGGUUGCAGAAGACAUCACUCUUAUUCCUGGAAAUACAGGUAUCUCGAGUUGUCGCAGUAUCUCGUCGCUCAUCGGUUGCUAAGUAUGAACCUCCAAUUGACCUUCUACAUGAGGUUUUCAAGAACAUCGAUGACCCCGACCUUUUCUACGGCAUUCAGCAAAAUUCAUCCUUAGAGAAUGUGAUGGAGAGGCUAGAGUACGAAGGGUCUGGCUUCAAAAAUCUUCUGUUUCAGAGCGCCCAGUUUGACAGCGAAAUUCAAAUGUCAGAUAGCCCUGAUCCAUUCAGGGUUCUGAAGGCACUGAAUUCAACAAACUUGCAAGGAAUUGCAAAUACCAUGCUCUCCGCACAUGGGGCCGCGAAAGAAGCUCCGGCAUCCUUUGACAGUAUGCUACAAGCGGCAACGAACCUUCAGAAAUGGGAUGUACCCGUAUCAUCAUUUGAUGAUUCACCUUCAACGACAGUUUUCCGAGCUUUCCAAGGUCUGAAUACGUCGUCUUCGGGGACAGAAGUUGCUGAAUGCGUUGAUGACUGCCUUCUCAGAAGUGUAAAUAGCCUAGUUGACUCAAGGCGCUCAGCUAUUCAAAUAAGGAAAAAGAUGCGGUCACUUGGAAUCCUCACAGAAAUAAGUGAUGUGAUUCUUUCGGCGUCACCCCAGGAAUUUGCGGACCAAUGGGAUAAAAUCGUGGCCAGAGGCGCUUGGCUGAAAACUGAAAGCUACCAUGAGGUUGGGGAAAUACUGAACUGGCACGAAGCACUGUUCUCUUCCAUUAAAAAGAAUGAUGUUCUCAAGUCCAAGUCACAGUUGACCUUAGGAGAUUCCCGCCUUCUCGAAGCAAAGGUCUUUCGCCAGUCUUUGGAUAUCACACGGAACCAUGGCGUAUCGCAAGCAUCAUUGAAAGCAGCAAUAACUCUUUCGAAACUGGCAGGCCCCUGCGCUCAGCUGGGGAUCAUGAUUGAUGGAGUGACAAAUUUUGAUCUCGCCAAUGUCCUAUGGGACCAGGGCGAAAUGACAGCUUCCAUUCCGCGCCUGGAGAAGCCAGAUUCAAUCCUGCAGGACUACUUAUACCCGGCAGUGAAGGAGCUGAAGAAAGGUACAGAGAGCGAAACCGCAGGGCGGGUAUACCAUGGCUUCGCAACAUUCUGCGACCAACAGCUCUUGAAUGCCGACGGGCUAGCGGAUUUUCAGCGCGUUGAGCAGCUACGGAAUCGCAAAGAGAAAGAAUUGCUCGGCUUGGAAGACAUGAUGAAUAAUGCCGAAGGACGAGAGAGGGAAUCCUUGCGCAUGUUCCGUGCUAAAGCCAAGCAAUGGUUCGAUCUCGACGACCGAGAAUAUCAACGACUUUCGCGAAGUCGAGAGGCUUUCCUUCAGCAGUGCCUUGAGAACUACCUUCUCACAUUGAGGGAAUGUGACACCUACAACAAUGACGUUCUUCGGUUCUGCGCACUGUGGCUGGAUAAAUCUGCGAGUCAGAUUGCUAACACGGCUGUUUCCAAACACAUCAAUCAAGUCGCCAGUCAUAAAUUUGCGCCUCUCAUAAAUCAGCUUUCCUCCCGCCUUCUCGAUACCUCUGAUGAAUUCCAGUCCCUACUGACGAGCCUGGUCUACAAGAUUUGCGUCGAGCAUCCCUUCCAUGGCAUGUACCAAAUUUUCGCUAGCAGCAAGUCCAAGGGCGGGAAAGACCCAUCCUCUCAUUCUCGUUUCCGGGCAGCGAACAAGCUGGUCGAUCGCCUGAAAAACGACAAGGACAUUGGCCCUAUGUGGGUCGCGGUUCAUAACAUGAACAUAACCUACGUUCGGUUCGCUGUUGAUAAGCCUGAUAGCAAAUUCAAGACCGGGGCAAAGAUUCCACUCAAGAAACUUCAGACUGGAGAGCGGCUUCUGCAGGAUGCAGCGACCUACCAGCUGCCACCUCCAACAAUGAAAAUCGAGCUCCGAGCGGACAAAGACUAUAGCAAAGUACCGACUGUUGCCAGGUUCUCUUCCGAAUUUUCGAUUGCGUCGGGUCUCAGCGCCCCCAAGAUCGUGACCGCCAUCGCGACAGAUGGGGUUCGCUACAAGCAAUUGUACAAGGGUGGAAACGAUGAUCUGCGCCAGGACUCGAUCAUGGAGCAAGUUUUUGAACAAGUCAGCAGUCUUCUCAAGGAUCACCAACCCACUCGCCAGCGUAAUCUGGGUAUACGGACAUACAAAGUGUUGCCUUUAACCCUUAAUGCAGGCAUAAUUGAGUUCGUGCCCAAUACCAUUCCCCUUCAUGACUACCUGAUGCCGGCACAUCAGCGAUACUUCCCCAAGGACAUGAAACCCAGUGCUUGCCGAAAGCACAUCGCCGACGUACAGACCCGAUCCUUUGAACAGAGAGUCAGAACUUACCGUCAGGUCUCAGAGCACUUCCAUCCGGUUAUGCGAUAUUUCUUCAUGGAGAAAUUCAACAACCCUGAUGACUGGUUCAAUAAACGGCUAGCCUACACUAGGAGCACUGCUGCAAUCUCUAUUCUUGGUCAUGUUCUUGGUCUUGGCGACCGACAUGGGCACAACAUCCUCCUGGAUGAGAAGACGGGAGAAGCUGUGCAUAUCGAUUUGGGAGUGGCCUUCGAGCAAGGUCGCGUUCUACCUGUGCCUGAAGUUGUGCCCUUCCGCCUCACUCGAGACCUCGUGGACGGGUUUGGGAUCACAAAGACCGAAGGUGUCUUCCGGCGCUGCUGCGAGUUUACAUUGGAGGCUCUUCGGCAGGAAUCCUACAGCAUCAUGACUAUCCUGGAUGUCCUGCGGUAUGACCCGUUGUACAGCUGGACUGUCUCUCCCUUGCGGAUGAAAAAGAUGCAAGAUAACCAAGAUGCUGGUGAUGGACCACCUGUCCUCCCGGGUGCAAAUGAUAAAUCUUCAACGAAUGAGCCCAGCGAAGCGGAUCGGGCCUUGACCGUCGUUGCAAAGAAGCUAGGCAAAACACUGAGUGUCACUGCCACGGUCAAUGAGUUGAUUCAGCAGGCAACAGAUGAGCGAAAUCUCGCCGUGCUCUAUUGCGGUUGGGCAGCUUAUGCUUGA